CUGGGGAAGGACAAGUUGCGAUAGAAGUCAACAGAAGCAUCGCCAAGUCUCUCCACGCGCGCCCUAUCACCACCACAGUCAUGUCAGGAGAGUACUCGUAGCCGCCAAACACGCGUCUUGCCGCCUGCACGCUCAUUCACUUCGACGCCCAAUGCGUCUUCGCGCCAUUUGCAAGAUCGAGGCGCAGAUGCUCCACAUUGCUCCCAAUGCAUCAUGUCCAAAUUCUUUCGUUCUGGCGCUUCAAGUGGGAGCAGUUCGAGCGAGUCUAGCGAGGAUGAAACUGAGGAAGUUUCAUUAGAAGUGUCACGUAACAACAGCCAACAUGUUGACGACGGUCUAUCUCUGGACGCCCUGGCUAUCGAUCGGCCCCGCAAUGGAUCGGCGACACAGACCCGGGAGAUGCUCAUCCACGCACUGCUCGAACAAAAUGCAAGGGACCGGGUUCUCAAACAACGAGAACGAGCGGGCAAAUCCGUCAACGACAAGACCGCUAUCGAGCGCGAAACCCGCGAGCAGUAUCACAAUAUGGUCGAAGGUUUAUCAAAGUACAAUGUAGUCUCCCAUGGCUUGGACGACGACCAUCACGCUGCGAUGAGGCAACGCAUCGGCGAAGGUCUCGACCGUAUGGCUAGCACGCCGCAAUCAUCGGCACCCGGAGCCGUACCAGCAGCCACGCAGCUGCUGUUGACUGAUGCGAUGCCUCGCGGUCGCGUAUUCGAACCCGGUAGCCCUGCGAGCCUUCUCGAUAACGUGGCUCUUGGCAUUUCUCCCCAAGUGCAAAGCAGAUAUAUUCAAGACUUUGAAGAGAUCAGUGUUCUUGGCAAGGGAGGUUUCGGAGAAGUAUAUCAAGUCCGACACAAACUCGACAAUUGCGUCUAUGCAGUGAAGAAGAUACCGAUCCGAGACUCCACCGUGCGACGUAUUGCUACCGGAGGCAAGGCAGCUCUCGAUGAACUGCUAGCUGAGGUCCGUUCUCUAUCCAAACUUCAGCACCCAAACGUCGUUCGUUAUCACAACAGCUGGGUGGAGUGGACGACUAGAAGCGCUUUCGCUGCAUCCUCGAGCGAGGUACAUCACCAAGAAAAUCGCAGCGUGGUAUCUGGCGCCGAGGAGUUCUCAUCGCUCGAUGCUCUGGAGCGGGUGAGAACUCAAAGUGACACGAAUGAAGACAUCGGCUUCACUUUCGACCUUAGUCAGUCGAAAAAGUCUGCCGUCGCCACUGAAGCAGAUGUGGAGUUCGAAGGUCAUGCCACGAGCUUUGAGCUCACUUGCUCCGUUACGGACCUCACAAACGGCGCUAUACUCGCGACAGAGCCCACACUGGCGUUGCACUUGCAAAUGAGUGUACAUCCUAUGACGCUGGCCGAAUUCCUUGCACCGCCACAGACUGACACCCUGGCCAAGCCUUUGGCGCACUGCUUUCACAUGGAACCAUCUAUCCGCAUUUUGCUCGCAUUGCUCGACGGAGUAGAAUAUUUGCAUGCUGAGGGUAUAGUCCACCGCGAUCUCAAACCGGCCAACAUUUUCCUUAGGCAUGAAGGAAACCCAAGAGGAAUGCAUGGUUGUGUGGACUUGUCGUCAUGUUCCGAUUGUCGACAAGGUGGGACUAUUAACCCUGGAACUCUGAGUGUUUGCAUCGGCGACUUCGGCCUUGUCACACAAAUCGCGGAACCCGAAGCUCCUCCAUCACCUGCUGUCACAGCCGUAGGCACCGAGAUCUAUCGCCCAACGAGCGCCACCUCUCCAGCCAGCCCUCGACUCGACAUCUUUGCACUCGGCAUAGUCGCUUGCGAACUAUUAUGCAAAUUCGGUACGCAAAUGGAACGCCGAGAAACUUUGCAAGCGCUUCGAAAAGGCUCUUUCCCACAGAAGUUUGCUAGCUGCGCCGGACGCCAUUCUGCUAAAAUCAAAGAAUGCGUUGCCGCUAUGUUGAGCGAUGAUGUUGGUGCGAUACCAGACCUUAAGAGGCGAUUGUCGGAUUUGCUGGAGCAGCAACAACCGCAGAAGAUCAUCGAUAGCAAGGAGGCGCAGAGAAGAUCUAGUACAUAACCACGCCACUUUCGCUUCGUAUGACUACGCAUUGACUACCUCAAACCAUCCAGAAUAAUGGCCAGCAAGAACACUUCUAUCCUCACCGCCUGAGCGCAUGGCUGCAGCUAUAAUCCCCCGUCUUGAGAGAAGGUCUCUGCUUAUCCAUCUGCCUUUUGAGACAGUCCCCUCAUCUCAAAGAAAGCACUUGCCAAACUCCGUCGACAGCUUCGGG